AUGAAUUAUUUUCAUUUUUUUAUAUAUACUCUUCUUACUUUUAUAUCUUUGUAUAUGUCUUUUUUAAAUUUCAAAUCCUUUUCUCAUUAUAUUCAAAAUAAAUGGAACAUUUUAUUAAUAUGGAAUUUCGAGUUUUAUAUCAUCAGGCUUAUUAAUAAGUUUUUUAAUUACAUUUUUUUAGGAAAUAUUCUAGCAGUAGAACUCCAAAAAGCAAAAGAAGAGUUAAUCCAUCAAAUGAUGAAUUUAUUAAUUUUGAUAUUUUUAAUUACAACUUUAAAUAUUAAGGAAGCAAUUUGCUGGGUAUGUAUAUUUACUCCAUUAAUCUAUGAAUCAGUUAGAAUAAAAAUUAUUAAAGAAAGAAUUUAUCUUUUUAAUAAUUUUAAAAUGGAACAUAAAAAAAGAAUAAAGUUAUUGUCUUAUUCAUUUUUUACCUUAAUUGAGUGUGUAUUUAUUUUAAGAAUAAUUUUUAGUUUUUUUUAUAAUUUAAAAAGUGCAGUUAAAGUAAUAAUAUUAUUUGAACCAAUCAUUAUUUGUAUAAAUUGUAUAUUUUUAAUUAUAAUUUCAUCAUAUCAUUAUUUUAAUUCAAAAAUAUUUUACGAAAAGCCAACUUACUUCUAUUUUUUAUUAAGUUUAAAUAAUAUUAUUAGUAAUUUAAUACAAAUGUUUGAAUAUAUUUAUAUGUGGUUUUUUUACGGAUCAUUUUUAAAUUUUAUUGAUUUGUUUCUCCUUUUGAAAUUAAAGAAUUGCUUAGUUUGCUUGAAAAAUAAUUAUAAAUCCACAAAAAACUGCUUCAUUAAUGAAAAAUUAUUUAAUAAUUAUUUUAAAAAUGAAGAUAAGAAAUAUCUAAAAUUAAACAAUAUCAUUUGUAUUAUUUGUAGAGAUUAUAAUUAUCAUAUUAAUUAUAAAAAACUUGCAUGUGGUCAUUGUUUUCAUAUAUCUUGUUUAUAUUUAUUAUUUGAAUAUGAUAAAAGUUUUCUUUGCCCUGUAUGUAGACGAGAAAUAAAAUAUGAAUUAGAAGAUUUCGAAAAAAAUGACGAUAAUUUAAAUAGUAAUUCAUUAAAUUGUAAUAUUGAUAAUAAAAAUAAAGAAGACGAUAUAAAUGAAAAUAAAAAUCAGACUGAACAUUCUUUUAAUAACAAUAUAUAUGAAAAUUCUAGUGAUUCUUAUAAUUCUAAUAAUGGUAAUAAAAAAAACUAUCAAAAUAAGGAUAUAAAUAAAAUUAAUAAAAGUAAUAGCAAUCAUAUAGAGGACUCUAAUAAUGAACUAUGCCAUUUAAAUUAUCAGAAUUUAAAAAAUAAAGAAAUUAAAAAAUAUUUAAAAAAUGAAUAUAACAAGAAAAUCAUAAAAUACGAUAAACUUUCUAUUGAAAAUGUAUAUGUUGAUGAAUCUAAUGAAAUUUAUGACUUUUAUAACACAAAAGAAAAAAAUGACAAUGAUAUUAUCGUUUAUAACUACAAUAAUGAUAUAUAUAUGAGUUAUAACAAUAAUAUUAAUACGGUAUAUAAUAAUAAAAUGUAUUGCAAUUAUAUAAAGAAUUCUAAUUAUAGUAAUGCAUCCAAUAUUUUUUCUUUUUCAAACCCAAGUUAUAUUAAUAAUGAUAAUUUUCCAUAUAUCUCAAAUAUUGAUUCAAAUAUUACUUUAUUAAGUGAAAUUAAAGACAUUGCAAAGAGCAAUAAUUUUUUUAGAAUGGAUGUUAUGGAUAAGGAAUAUGAAAAGAGAAUUAAGAAUAAUCUUUAUUUACUAAAACAAGUUCAUGUAAGUUUUAACAAUUUAUUAAAAAGUAAAAAUGAAUAUUCUUUCAUAAACAUAAAAAGAUACUAUAAUACCAAACAUAAAUAUGUGCAUUCAGGAAUAGAAAGUAAAAUAUUUAAUAUUAAAAAAUGUUAUUUAAAAAAGUAUCUGACUAUUAACAAUAGUAUUAAACAAAAUAAUAUAUUUUCUUAUAAAGAACAUAAAAUAAAAAAUAAAAAAUAUGAGCUUAAUAACAUAUGUGAGAUUCAAAAUUGUGUAAUAAAUAAUAAGAAUGACAAUUCAGAAAAAAAAAACUUUAAUUUAUUAGAACAUAAUCAAAAUUAUAAUAGUAUAAAAGAAGAGAAAAUACAUGAAUCAAGCGAAUGCGAAAAAACAAAUAAAUUCAAGCUUAAUAGAAAAUUUAAUAUAUUUAAAAUGUUUAAAAAUAAAGAUCUAACUUUUAUAAAUCACAUGAAUUCGAAAAAAAGAAACUCUAAAUUAAAUAUAUAUGAUUUUUUAAAAAACUUAAAAGAUAAGAUUCAUAAUCGAAGUGAGAUAAACGUUAAUGAUAAAAAAAAAAAAAAUAAAAUAUUCUUUUUUAAAAAAAGAAAUUAA